AUGUUGAUGACGUAUUGGAUGUUUCAUCUAUGCUUCACGCUUCCUCCCACCUUGACUCUUUUUGGAGUAUUAAGACCGAUCUUAUCACCUGCUGAUAGCUUCAGGUACUCGUUCUUAACUGUCGUGGCUGUCUUAUACACCUUACCAUGGGAUAGCUACAUCAUUCAUCACAAAGCUUGGACUUAUGCUCCAUGGGCUGUUACUGCAACUAUCUUUGGUGUACCAAUCGAAGAAGUUUUCUUUUUUAUAAUUCAAACCUUCUUAACUGGAUAUCUAUAUAACAUCUUUACAUUUCCAAUCUUACCAUCUUUAUAUCUUUUACCAAAACCGAAUUCAUUUCCAAUUAAAUAUCCUAAACUUUGGUCAUUUUUAAGAUGGUCACCUACUUAUCUUUUUGGAGGAUUUUCAAUCUUAUCUUGGUUUAAAUCUAAACCCAACACUCAUGAGUUUUAUAUUACUUGUAUUGGUUUUUGGGCUUUACCUGUUUGUUGUUUUCUUUGGACAAUAGCAGGUGAUCAUAUCUUAUUAAGACCAACUUCUAUUAUUUAUUCAAUCUUAUUACCAACACUUUAUCUUUGUGCUAUUGAUAUAAUUGCUUUACGUAGAGGGAUUUGGUCGAUUUCGAUUCCUACUAGUUUAGGUAUCUUCGUUUGGCCUGAUUUACCAAUCGAAGAAGCUUUUUUCUUUUUGAUUACCAAUACGAUCUUAGUUUUUGGUUUAGCUGCAUUUGAAAAGAUUGAAGCUAUCAUUAAUACUUGGCCUGAACUUGUUUCAUCAUCAUCAUCAUCAUCAAGACAUCAUUCACAAUCUAAUCAACCAUUCUCACUAGAAUAUGUUUAUAAACUUUUUAAAUCGACUAGAAUAGCCAUCGAUUUACCAAAUCUUAUAAACCAUCAUCAAAAUCCUAAACUAUCAAAUCGUAUUCAUCAAUUAUCUCAUACUUCUGAUCUCUUACGUAAAGCUUCGAAAAGUUUUUAUUCUGCUAGUUUAGUCUUUUCGAAUUAUCAAUCGAUUCGAUCUAAAUUUAUUAUUCUUUAUGGGUUUUGUAGAGAAACAGAUGAUUUGAUUGAUAAUGCUAUAGAUUUAAAAUCAGCCAAAGAAUCGGUUUUGGUUUGUAGAUCAUUUUUAAAUUUACUUUGGCCCGAAGAAGAAGAACAAAAAGAAGAAGGAAAAGAAGAAAAAGAAACAUCGAAAAAAGUCAUUAAAGCGAAUCAUGAAGUUAAAUCUCAAGAAGUUAAACCAAUAGAUUUUGAAAAGAAAUUAAAUCAGUUUAUAGAAGAAAAAGUCCCGAUUCAUGCCAGACCGACGUUUUAUUUAUUUUCAACUUUAAAAGACGAAUUACGUAGACAACCAUUCGAUGAAUUGAUCAAUGGAUAUUCAUAUGAUGCAUUAGAAUUUCAACAAAAGACCAUUGAAUCAGAAGCCGAUUUAAUCCAAUAUUCUAGAUGGGUAGCCGGUUCAGUUGGAGAGAUGUGUGUAGAUUUAAUGUUAAAGAUUUCCAUGACAUCCAAACCAAACCCAACUCUUAAAUCUAUCUUAAGUGCUUCAAAUGAUAUGGGUGUUGCAUUACAAUUAGUUAAUAUUGCAAGAGAUAUAAAAGAAGAUGCCAAGAAUGGUCGAAUUUAUUUACCGACUUGUUGGUUUAAAUCUUCAGAUGAACCUUUAAAACCACUUCAUUUAGAAUUACUUAAAUCAGCUCAAUCAGAUCAAUUAAAUCAAUUCCCUUAUGCAAUUGCUGCAGAGAAAUUACUUUUAUUAGCUAAAGAUUAUCAAUUAAAAUCUAAGUUUGCUAUAGAUAAUUUACCUAAAUCUUUUAGACCGGGUGUUAGAGCUGCAACUGAAGUUUAUCUUGAAAUAGGUCAUAAACUUAAAUCCACUUUCAAUAAUUCUUAUUCUCAAUGGAAUGGUGAAAGAGUUUAUUUAACUAAACUUCAUAGAGCCUUGAUUGUUGCUCGUGAGAUUUGGGGUUUACCAAAGUUUUAA